AGUUGAUAUUGGUGUUGAAGAACACGUUUCAAUGCCAUGUAUCAUCUAGGUGACUUACUUUGUCACCUGUUGUGGAUAGAAUUCUUGAAUAAUGGGAACCCAUUGAUAAGUAUAUGAAAGAGGAAGAGAAAAGAUCAAAUGCCCCCAAGAGUGCAGCUUUUAGGAGGAUCUUAUUGAAGCUGAAAAGUCUGGAAACCCUGACUUUGUUUUACUUCAUCCAGGCAGUGGCUCCACUCUUCCACUCAUUCCUGGAGAAUUUCCCAUCAGAGAGUCCACAAAUUCACAUUCUGUAUGAUAAACUCAGUGAACUAGGAGGCUUAUGUUGUGGUAUGUAAGGCCAGAGGUAGUUGGAACAAAGAAAGGCAUGAUUUGUGUGAGGUUAAGCAUUCAGAUGUUAAGAACCAGAUGGAUGAUGAACAUAUGAUUGUUGGUGAACCAACUAGAAAAGCCAUGCAAAAGGUGUCCAGCAGUGGCAAGCAUAAGAUGUUGCUGGGAAUGCGUGCCUUUUAUUCGUCUGCUAUCACCUACCUAAUUAACCAUCUGCCUGUUUCAGAAAGUAUCUUGAAGUACGUAGGAUGCCUGAAUCCAAUGAAAACUGGAACAGUUCAUUCCAUCAAGAGGCUGGCAAAAAAGCUUCCCAAUGUAAGUGAAACAGACAUUGUGGAAGUACUUGAUGAGUGGAAUCUGUACUUAGCUGAGAAGGCCAGUAUGCAGGACCAUUCAGAAAAUGAGGGUGAGGCAUGUAUCAAUCAUUACUGGAGGGAUGUUCUUGCACAGAUUAGAAUUGAUUGAAAACCUAAAUACUCCAAACUGGGGAAGGUUGUGAAAUCUUCACUGAUUCUAGCUCAUGGAAAUGCAGACUUAGAGAGGG